AUGGCCCUCCUGCUGUCUCUCCUGAUGCCCCUGGUAGUGCUCAGUUGUGGCCCCAGUGGCUCUCUGGGCUGCGAGCUGCCCCAGAGCCAUGUCCUGGACAGCAUCCAGAACUUGAGGCUUCUGGGCCAAAUGAGGAGACUCUCCCCUCUGUCCUGCCUGAAGGACAGGAGAGACUUCAGAUUCCCCUGGCAGCAGGUGGAUGGCAGCCAGUUGCAGAAGGCCCGGGUCAUGUCUGUGCACCAUGAGAUGGUGCAGCAGGCCUUCCAGCUCCUCCUGUCAGAGCGCGCCUCUGCUGCCUGGGACAAGACCCUCCUGGACCAGGUGCGCACAGGGCUGCACCAGCGGCUGGAACACCUGGACUCCUGCUUGGUGCAGCUGGUGACAGAGGAGGACUCUUCCCAGAGCUAUGGGAGAGCUUCCCUGGAGAUGAAGAGGUACUUCCAGAGAAUUCGUCUCUACCUGAAAGAGAAGAAGUACAGUGGGUGUGCCUGGGAGGUCGUCAGAGUGGAAAUCAUGAGAUCCUUCUCUCUGUCCACAACCUUGCAAGAAAGAGUCAUGGAUGAAGAUAUGGGGUUGCCAUGA